AUGAAAACAAAGUGGCAUCUCUAUAUUAUGUGGAGUGUUUUAUCACUUGGCCUUCUCAGCUGUGCAGCGGACACUAAUGAAUCUGCAUCUGCACUUAGAAGGAAAAAGAUUGUCAAACUGGGCACUACGAAAUCCAUACCCGACGCAAUCAAACUGUCAGUAACAGGCGAGAGAAAAUCCGGCCAGAGGGUACUUACCGGCUCCUCUCCAUUGUUUCAAAUUAGCUCCCAAACGUCACCUGUAACGCCUCGAUUCGUGCGUCCAGAAAAGCCUGAAGCAAAGAUCCGGUCGGACUUUGCUGCACUUCCAGACGUUUCUGUGACCUGCUCCACGUCUGAUUUUGUCGUGCGAGUCAAACCAGCUUUCUACGGGCUGGGUGCUGAAGCUACGGAGCUGAAAUUGGGUAGCACCUGCAAAAGCAACGGGGUUCUUAGACCAUACGGCGACCUGCUCUUCACAUAUCCUCUGACAGCGUGCGAGUCACAGCGUGAGCUGCCCCAUGGUUAUCUGGUCUACAAAUUCGUGCUCCAUUAUGAGCCAUCGCCAAAACGAUUCCCAAGCAGAGCGCAUCGGGUGGAUGUCGAGAUUGAAUGUCGUUAUCAAAGGAACCAUCAUGUCUACCAACUGGCUGUUCAGCCCACCUGGCAAACUGCUGUUGUGCGUAAAAGGCUGAAAGGACGUCCUAAUGACUUCCAAAUUGAACUGAUGGAUGAUUCAUGGAGCAGACCAGCCAUGUCUCAGGUGUACCAGCUUGGGCAGACAGUUAAUUUCCAAGUUACUGCUUCUCAACUUCCCACUGGAUGGAAACUGUACAUCAAUACCUGCUAUGCUGCUCCAUCCAGUGGCUCUAAAUCGUCCCUCAAAUACACAAUCAUUGACAAUUUUGGCUGUAUGCUGGACAGCAAGAGGGACCCAGGGGCCUCUCAGUUCAUCUCUCGCACAGACAAGACCCUGAGAUUCUCCAUGAAUGCCUUCCAGUUCAUAUCUGACCCUGACACUGAGGUCGACCUUCACUGCAAAUUAUUUGUUACAUCAGAGGAACUGGGUCCUGCUCAUAAAUCAUGCACCUACAGAGGCAAUAGGUGGGAGGCCCUAGCUGGUGACGACUCUAUAUGUGAAUGCUGUAACUCACAAUGUGUGACCUCUAAGCCCCGGAGAGCCAUGAUGGAAGGCUCUGCCAGCAGUGGGUCAAUGUCGGUCUCUGAUCAGCCAUACACAACAGAAGAUGGCUUUCUCCCAGUCAGUCCCUCCCGAAUCACCAUGACAAGAGAGGGAGAGACCACAACUGCGCAAGAAAACCUGUGGGAAAAUGUGGAUAGAGAGGUACAGCCGUUGAACUCUAAAGGUGAGGAAGAACGUAGGAAGUACACAGGUAGAAGUGAAGAGGCUGAGAGCACAAGAGCCUCUGAAGUGGAGAGGGGGAAUGAUGAUCUGGCAGAUGUUGUGGAUGAUGAGCAGCUGACUUGGUAUUUCACAUGGAGGUAG